AUGGUUCAGGCUGCGAGGAAGUCAGCUCCUACAACAGGAGGAGUUAAGAAGCCUCAUCGUUAUCGUCCCGGAACUGUCGCUCUUCGUGAGAUUCGCAAGUACCAGAAGAGUACCGAGCUGCUUAUUCGAAAGCUUCCCUUCCAGCGACUGGUUCGCGAAAUUGCCCAGGACUUCAAGACGGACCUGCGGUUUCAAAGCCACGCGGUGCUCGCGCUCCAAGAAGCCGCGGAAGCUUAUCUCGUUGGUCUGUUCGAGGACACCAACUUGUGCGCUAUUCAUGCCAAGCGUGUGACCAUCAUGCCUAAGGACAUUCAGCUGGCUCGGCGCAUUCGCGGAGAGAGGGCUUAG